AUGGAGGACGUUCACAACGGCAAAGGGAGAGAUAUGAGAGAAACCUCAUCCAAUUACAAGUAUACAAACAUCCAACUGAACAAUGCAGAAAAACGGAAGUUGUCGACGUUUAGUGUCAAACAUAGAGAUGAUGACAAUAUCGAUGACGUAUUUCCUGUUGUCAAUAUCACCGAUGUAGCUGGCAUUUCAACGAAGGGAAAUAAAGAUGGCGGCCUUAUCUACAAAAUCAGUGACCCAGUUCCGAUUCAUCUCACAUUUCUAUUUGCGUUACAGCAAGCCCUGUUGUCCCUGUCCACGUCACUGGCUGUGUCUCUGUUAGUGGCCCAGGUUGUGUGUGCCGAGGACAAUGAAGACUUCAAGGCCAGACUUCUUAGUUCAACCUUGUUUAUGAACGGCAUCACAACCCUCCUAAUGGUCACGUUGGGAAUAAGAUUGCCGCUAUACCAGGGAGCAUCACCAGACUACGUCGCUCCCCUCCUAGCCAUGGCCGACAUAGAUAAAGGCGGAUGUAACGGCACACAGCCGAUCACAGUUUUGAACAACAUCACUAACAUGACAGAGACGGUGUUCCCUGAAGGUACCGAGGAAACCAUUCUACAGGCAGUCCAAGGGUUACAAGGCAGCCUAUUGGCUGCUGGUGCCAUACACUUCCUGAUAGGAGCUACGGGAUUGGUUGGAGUGUUACUGAGAUUUAUCGGACCAAUCACCAUUGUCCCAACUAUUCUUUUAUUCGGCAUAUACAUGACGAAAUCCAUCACGAAGUUCGCACAGGUCCAUUGGGGUAUUUCUGUCGUGACAUUUGCCAUUGCCAUGAUACUGUCGUUAUACCUAGCUAAGAGAGAGAUGCCGAUACCUGUGUAUACCAGAAAGAAACAGUGUCACGUGAUCCGUUACCCUCUACAUCAGGUGUUCGCUAUACUAAUUGCCUUGGUGAUUGGAUGGCUACUUUGCGGUAUACUAACGGCGGCUGGGGCAUUUAGUACGGCCAGGGACAGUCAAGACUACUACUCCAGAACAGACGCAAGAGUUGACGUCAUCAGUCGCGCCAGCUGGUUCUACUUUCCCUAUCCCGGACAGUUUGGUAAAAUCAGUUUCAACAUUUCAGCAUUUGUUGGGUUUUGUGUAGCAACAAUAGUUUCCAUACUGGAUUCAAUUAGCGACUACUACGCAUGCGCAUCAACAUGCAAUGUUCCUCCGCCUCCCGCUCACGGCGUUAACAGAGGUAUCGCCGUCGAAGGGUUCUGUAGCGCACUAGCUGGUGUGAUAGGCUGUGGUCACGCAACUACAACGUACGGAGGCAACGUUGGCGUCAUAGGCCUGACAAAGGUUGGAAGUCGUCAUGUUUUCAUCAUCGUCGCUCUCAUCUACAUAUUGUUUGGUGUCAUUGGGAAAGUAUCAGCUGUUUUUAUAACAAUACCGUAUCCCGUGUUAGGGGGCGUUCUUGUUGUCAUGUUUGGUGCGUUCAAUGGUGUUGUCCUGUCCAAUCUUAAAUAUGUAGAUCUGUCGUCCACUCGGAACCUCGCGAUCAUCGGAACCUCUCUUCUGGUUGGUCUGAUGAUCCCACACUGGGUGGAGAGAUAUGAAAACGUCAUCAACACAGGAAAUAAAGGGGCAGAUGACAUCAUCACGAUGUUGCUAGGUAACCCAAACCUCGCUGGUGGUACCCUGGCUUGUUUUCUUGACAACACCAUUCCAGGCUCAAGAGAAGAGCGAGGUAUCGCUGCCUGGGCGACCCCAGAUGAUACUGGUUUGUCUACCAUUAUACCGUCAGAUUUCAGUGAAGGAUACGAAGUUUAUAAUCCUAUUUUCUUUGACAAAUACAAGAAUUCCAAAAUUCUACGGUUUCUACCUUUUAUGCCAAAUCCUGUGAACGGAAACAUGCUGAAACAAAGGAGUUUAUGUGUCGACUUUAACAGACCAUGUAGUUUAACAGGUUCUGUUAUCUUGACUUCCACAAGUUAA